CCAACAUGACUGUCUGGACAUCCAGGCCAGUUCUGCGGACAGAGGUUGUAUGACCGAUACAGGCAUGUCAUCCACAAAACGUAACACGGACCCGCGUAGAUCUACCCACCCGUACCCGGACCCGGCCAGGGCCACCCUCACGCACUGCUGUUGCUGCUGCGGUAGAUCUACGCGGUAGCUAGCUCACCUCGGCGAAACGGGCACCAUUUCCACACUGGAGCUUCGUGGUGAAAUAUUUUCACUGCAGCGCUAGCUGUAGUUUCUUCAGUUUUUCAUGCCACCGCCAGUACAGGCAGCCUGUAGACGAGUUGUUGUAGGCAGCGAGGUGGUGUUACAGUUAGUUUAGCCGUCUGCUGCUUCGUGUCAAAGUUUGUUUGGGUGCAGGCUGUGUAAGAAUCUGUUUGUUGGCCAAAGGGUUUCAUCGAAGUUUCCUAGUGGCUCGGAGGCUCCAUUCGACUGCUCCAUACCGUCACGACGUAGAGAACCGGUACAGCCUAUCCGCCCACGACGUUCAAAGUCGUGUCCAGGAUUCAACUUUCAAGCAAACCGUGACUCCUGGCUGCAGGAGCGCUCGCCACUGGACGUUCAUCGUCCCCGUUUGUCAUGGUGUUCCAGUGAUUCUGGAUGGUGACUGACGUCCGUGACUUUUGUUGUUGUCGCAGUCAUGGCUACAGCAGAGAACCACGCGGUCAACACAUGGCCAUGGUCAAGCCAGAUGUUCCGCAAGUGGAUCCCACGCCUCCAAGCAGCGCUCAGCUGCGAUGCAAUUCGUGUUGAAUGCUGUGCCAAGCGGUUGAUCUCCGAUGCGCAGAAGAAGGAAUUGAUGGCGAUAAAAGAUUCUGCCAAACACAAUGGCCGACUGCUAGAUAUGCUGAGCAGGGGUACAGCUGAGACUUUCCACACUUUCUGUACUAUUGUGCGUAGCACCGAACCUAAAGCAAACUUUUCAAAGUUCCUAGAUGACAUGCAGUCAGUGGAUACCUUUGUUGCAGGCAAUGAAGGUGCAGCAAAUAGAGUAACUCGAAGUCAACCAACCCGGUUCACCGGGAACCCACCACCUUCACCUAGCCAAGCAACUCGGUCUCCGCCAGCCAUAGCACCCAAACCAAAGCCUGUUGUUAAACCCCAGGCCACUCACACAUCUCCCGCCAAGCCCACCGGCGUCUCUGCAAUGAUAGCGGCCUUGAAUUCAGCCGGUCAGGAAGGGAAAUCGGCUGGAAGUCUACCUUUGAAACCCAUUCGAGCCCCCCGGCCUCCUACUCGCCCAAAGCCUGUCACUCCCCACAACACAGCAAGAGCAGUGGAAACUAAGGAUCCCACUACAGGUCACAGAGUGCAGCCAGUAGUGACUUCUGAUCCUGUGUCUCCUCCACGACCACCGCUCUGUGACCACGCACGACUAGCGGCUGGCGGUAACCAACCAGAUGGCACUGAGGCGGCGACAUCUGCCCCAGCUGAUCCCAAGCCCUCUCCGAAACCUGGACAAGCUGCUCCGUCCAGGUCUGCCAGUGUCUCCACACUAGCAUCUAGUUUUGAAUCGAAUAGGCACGAAACAGUCAGACUGCCCUCGGAUCAAGCCCCAAAGCCAAAACAUCGCCAAAUGUCCAUAGCCGGUGCCAGGGCAGCUAGCUUGGCCAGGAGCCCAGCAAUAGCUGGUGGCAAACACCCAGGCGGACAUGCUGUGCAGCAAGUCCAGCGGUCAGCGCUGCCAACAGAGAGCUUAACUGCCAAGCCCAUUGCUCGAUCUCUGACUGGACGCGAGCCGGUUACCAAGAAGGCAACAGGAGAUUCAGCAACGCCUCCCCAGCCAAACUCUCUGAGCCAAGCGGGCAACACAGGGCCAUGGUCAAGUCAAGUGUUUCGCGAGUGGAUCCCACGCCUCCAAGCAACGCUCAGCUGCAGCACAAUCCGCAUGGAAUGCCGGGGAAAAGGUUUGAUCUCCGAUACGCAGAAGAAGGAAUUGAUGACAGUAGAUGAUUCGGCCAAACACAAUGAGCUUCUCCUCGAUAUGCUGAGCAGGGGUACAGCUGAGACUUUCCACACUUUCUGUAGUAUAGUGCGUAGCACCGAACCUGAAGCAAACUUUUCAAAGUUCCUAGAUGACAUGCAGUCAGUGGAUACCUUUGUUGCAGUUUCUCCGGAAUGCCAAAAAGACUGCAAUAAAGUAGUAGACCUGAUGAAAGAGUUCUCAGCACCGGAACGUCAACGGGUGGUCCACACUGCCGAGGAUGUGGCACGAAUGCGAGCGUCACAGACCGUCCUCGACAAGAGAAAGAAACCCAUCCACUUACCACAGCCAACCUCGCCUGUGAACGUAGACUUGCUGAGCAUGCGGAACAUGGGACAAGAACAACGGCGAGCGGUAUUGACUGAAAUCGACCGCUUGGCGUCUAGCGCUAGCAUCACUGAUGAUCGUGAGGCACAGGAAUGCCAGUACCAGGGUCAGGUGACACGGGCGGACGGCCAAGUUGACAUAUCGCCAGCUGAUAUACAUAGAGAGUUAAGUAAGCACCCUUGUUUUAUCAGCAUCGGCACUGAAUCUGCAAGGGACAGCCGUAGCAUUUCAGAAACCAAGCAGUAUUUGAAGGAUACUGGCUUCAUCGACGACCACACUGUCGUCACAGAGACCACUGGCUAUCUGGAGGUGCUAGUGAACGUGCCUGUGAACAUACUGGCCAUUCGUGGCAGCAAACGACUGAAGUUUACAGACGAGAGCUCAUCUAUAGUGAAGUUCAUCAUCGACUGUGAAUAUAAUCACACGGUCCCGAGUUUCAUUGAACGAGUCGUACGUAAUCUCCGCAAUCUUCUUGGUGAUGAGAGUGUCCAUGCCGACGGUGUACACAGCGAGAGCGGAGGCACAGCAGUGUUUGUACAGAUGUCUGCCAAGGCUCAUACCAGGCUCUGGGAGUUCUGUAAGGAUCAAUCUAGCCUGCUCGCUGGUCUGCACAUUCUUGAAGUGUCAACUGUGGACGGAGCAGUAGUCUUCAAUUUGCGUCCCACGGCAUGCAGUGACGAAGGUAUUAAUCCUGACGACCAGAAGCGCUUGGUUGAAGAGUUCUGCGGGAGAUUUCCGUCCUUGGACCAGGAUGAGCUGUCUGUCGCUGUGGCUGACCAACCGGAUGUUGAGCAUGCAGUGAUUGCACUGACCAAGCUCGUCUUCGAUGAAGGCGAAGCAUGCUUGAAUGCACUGCCUGAGAUUCUUGGUGGUGUGUCGGCAAGAAAGACAACUUCUAUCCCUGCUCACGUUCACGGUGUAGCGGCAAGAAAGGCAACUUCGACCUCUGCUCACGUUGAUCAUCCUGAAGAGGCCAUUUCAACCCAUGUCUCUGCCAAUUCUGAACACGCAGUAGAAAUCCAGGGAGCUGACAAUGAGCUGUCUCUCCAGCCGCAACUUCAGUCCCAGUGGUCUUUUCGUGGCAGUCUACCUGAUAGCUGGCGCUAUUCCGACAGUCGUCGUACCAUGUACAAUGGGCAUGCUUACAUUGUGUGCCGGGAGGAGGAAGGAGCAAUGAUCUACCGGUCUACUCAUUCUCUCAAGGAAAGUCUUCAGGUGGCAUGGACAAGAGCAAUCACCAUUGACAACCCACACUUUCGGUCAUGGAGGAACUUUUGCAUUCACAAUGAAAAAAUGUACUUUGCAAGUAUUAGUGAUGGGUAUACAUGUAUCCCCAAGAUCCAUGUUGUAGAUCUACAGGGAAACUGUGGUACUAGAGAAAUACAAUGUGAUUGUAUCCCAGUACAAGAUACGAGUAUGAAUACAUCUGUCAAACCUUUUGCGAAUGUAUUUAUAACCCAGUCAGCGCUUCUAAUAGUAUGCUUCUGGCGCAACCAUUUCUUAGAAGUUAUUUCAUUAGAUACUAGGCAUGAUGAUGCAGUAUGGGCAAAAUUGGAUCCGCUCAGCAUGCCGGAGCCGCCGGACAGCAUCUGCAGCACUGACAGUACUCUGUUUGUGAUACCAACAGGAGACCUCAAUGAUGCGCAUUUGUCAAUCAUGAAGUUGGAUGUAAGCGAGGAAAGUCUGCGAAUGCCAUCAUGGCUCGAGAUCAAAGUGGACGUGCCUAAGGCUCUUGAUGUAGAAGUAGAUCUAUUCCAUUGUGAUGUACCAGCUGCUGUGGGUAACACUAUAAUGUUACCCAUGCUCUAUGGAGAUGAUGAUAAAUUAGUCAAUGGUGUGAUAUGUGUUGAUUGUACUACGUGUAUAGGCCGGUGUUCUGUCUUGCCGUUGCCAUCCAGUACAUCCUGUACAACCCUUACAUUGCAGUUGAUGGUGGAUGGCGAUACGCUUAUUGAACUCCAUUAUGAUCACUCAGUGUAUACUCUUCAGCUACCUGACCAUUUGUAGACACCAGUGAUUGAUCGGCUUCUACAUGCAUGUAUGCCAAGGCGGUGUACAAUGUAGAUAUUCUGCUGCGGCUAGGUCAUGUGAUGGACAACUGGUGCACACUGUGUGUUUUUGUGAUCCUGAGUUUUUUCGUUUGCACAUGCAUACCCUGUUCUACUGGGGACCCAUAUGCAUGAUGUGUUUGGUGUCCAGUUCUUUCAGGCCAUCAUUCUACAUAGGCACUGUCCUGAAAUGCUUAUUGUCUAUGUACAUAUUAUACAUUAGGUUGGAGGCAUAUUAUAAUUAUAUAGAUAUUAUGUAUAUAGAAUGCUGUCCAUGGAUUGGAUAUGAUGUAUUAUAUAUACAUAGAAUAUUAGUUCUAAAACUCAACAGCUCUCCACACAUACAUACUCAUUAUAACUGUGUACAUAGUAGUCUUUCUUGUCAGUGAUUGACAAAACCCCAGAGGUUGAAUUGGUCAGCAGCCACAUUACUUCUUUCCUAGAAAUUGAAGAACUGA